UGUUUUUGAGCUUUGAUAAAAUAAAAAAGAAGAAGAAGAAACAAACAAGAAUGUCGUGGCAAACUUACGUUGAUGAGCACUUGAUGUGCGAACUCGAGAACGGCAAUCAUUUGACCGCCGCCGCCAUCAUCGGUCUCGACGGCAGUGUUUGGGCCCAGAGCUCCGCUUUCCCCAAGUUUAAGCCCGAAGAGAUCACCGCCAUCUUGAAAGAUUUUGAUGAGCCUGGGUCUCUGGCACCGACUGGGCUGCACCUUGGUGGCGUUAAGUACAUGGUGAUCCAGGGAGAACCAGGAGCUGUUGUUCGUGGGAAGAAGGGCGCCGGGGGCGUGACUGUGAAGAAGACUGGGCAAGCUUUGAUUUUCGGGAUAUAUGAAGAACCGGUGACUCCCGGACAGUGCAACAUGGUGGUUGAGAGGUUGGGUGACUACCUAGUUGAUCAGGGCAUGUAGGCUUUUUAACCUCUAUCCUUCCCCAAGCCCUUUUUUGAUUUCCCUCUUGCUUUCGGGUUUUUUUUUUCCUGCAUCUUUCUCUUCCAUGCCCAUCAACUGGCUUUGAUUUAUUUUUUCUUUCCUUUUGGAAUUGUUGAUGACAAUAAAUCAUGUGAAUGAUUUCUGGUUUU